UUGCUAGCCUAGUUAAUAAGCAGUAACAUUACCGCAGAAGACGCAGCAGAAUGAGCCAGCUGCACGAAACCGUGGAGCCCAAUGUGGUCGACGAGGAGAUGCUACGGCAGGCCGUGGAGGAGCAAGGCCCACAGGGUCAGGCUGGACGCAUCGCCAAGGAGGAGGGUAUCCAGUUCGAGGACGUGCGACACCUGCGCCUGGACUUCAGGAACAUCCUGAAGAUUGACCAUUUGUGGCAAUUCAACACGCUGACCAAGCUCCAGCUGGAUAACAACAUUAUUGAGAAGAUCGAGGGGCUGGACUGCCUCACUAACCUGGUGUGGCUAGAUCUGUCGUUCAACCACAUCGAGGUGAUUGAGGGCCUGGACGCUCUGGUGAAGCUGGAGGACCUGAGCCUGUCGGACAACAGCAUCUCUCUGAUCGAAAACAUGGACACUCUCGUCAACCUGCACGUCUUCUCUAUCGGAAACAACCAGCUGUCCCAGCUGGACAAUGUGAUCUACCUCCGGAAGUUUAAGAACCUGAGGUCCCUAAAUCUUUCGGGGAACCCCGUCUCCAAAGACCCGUGCUAUAAGGAGUUCAUUGCAGCCUACCUCCCAGACCUGGCCUACCUGGACUUCCGGAGGCUGGAUAAGGAAACCCGGGAGAAGGCGCUGGCGAAAUACCACUACGCUCUGGAGGAGCGGAUCCACAAUGAGACCCUGGCACUGAAAGCCAUACAGGCCAAGAAGAAGGAGGAGGAGGAACUGCAGCAACACAAGGCGGCCUUCGUGGAGCUUCUGAACGGGCCGCAGCUGUUUGACAGCAUGUACGCAGAGGACACGGAGGCUGACAAGCUGGCCUACCUCCCCGGAGUGUCCCAGCUGGUGGACACCUACAAGAGCCAGAUGAUGGCGCUGUGUGUGCAGCUGUUUGAGCUGGGCCUGGAGCAGCAGCGCACGAGGGACGAGGACGUCAACUGUUUCUUUGAGUGCACAUGUGAGGCCGUGCAGGACAACCAGCAGGUGGCAGCAGACAUGAUCUCAGAUUUUGAGAGGGCCAGGAGGGAUGUCAUGGCGGAGAUGCAGCGGACGACGGACACGCAGACAUUGAUGGCUCAGUUUACCCGCAGCAGCGAGGAGACCCGCCAGCUCCGGGACACCCUCAUGAGCCUGGAGCUAACACUGAGCGACCAGCUGGAGGAUGUCAUCAAGGACUUUGAGAGGAACCUUUCUGACAUGGUCGCAGUGUUCAUCGAAGCCGCCCAGGGGAUAUUCGCGCAGUGCCGGGAUCUGGAGAACCAGCACAAUGAGAAGCUCCUGGAGAUCUCCAUGGCAGUGCUGGAGAAGGCCGCGAAGAACGAGUUGGAGGAGGACACACCGGAUGAAGUUCGAAUGCUGUGUGUGGACAAGGACACAGUGAUCAACGCAGUGGGCGCCUCCCACGACACGCACCUGGUGAAGAUUGACAACCGUGAGGACGAGCUGGUGACCAGGAUCAACAGCUGGUUGACCACACUCAUCAAGUCGAUUCAUGAGGAUGAGGUGGCCCGCAACCGCAAGCGGAUCUCCGAGAUUCACAACUACAUUGACUACGUGAUGGACCAACUGGAAGACAUGAACCCCUCAUGA